AUGACUACCCCGGCCGCGCCAUGUUCGCCGUCGCGAUCGUCUCUGAGUUGCUGCCAGUUCGAUCAUGGUAGCAGCGAGGAUAAUGUGUGCACCCCGACGAUCGCAGCCAACAACAAUUACUUCCUGGAACAAGAGAGUCCCUCUUUCCCGAAGAGGCCGCAGGUCGAUCUGUCCUUCCACGAUGUGCGCUAUCGCGUCAAAGAAUGGAGUUUGCGCAAGUUCUGUUUCGGCGACAAAGAGAUUCUACAUGGCGUGAGCGGCGAAUUUAAGGCCGGCGAAUUAGUAGCUAUAAUGGGACCAUCCGGAGCCGGGAAGUCGACAUUGUUAAACGUUCUUGCCGGUUUUACGGUGAGGGGUAUGAGUGGGGAAGUUAUGGUGAACGGCAAGGUCCGAUUGCCAUACAGCGAUCGAUGGAAGAAGACGUCAUGCUACAUACAGCAAGACGCGAUUCUUAGAGCAUAUAUCACCGUGGGAGAGGCCAUGAAUAUGGCAGCACACUUGAAGCUUGGCUGCACUAUCAGUUCUGCAUACAAACACACUCAGGUUUUGGAGUUAUUGGAGAUGUUAGGACUGGGCCAUUGUUACAAUACGCUGUGCGGAAAACUGUCGGGAGGGCAAAAGAAACGGCUUGACAUUGCUCUGGAGCUGCUGACGAACCCUUCAGUAUUAUUUCUUGACGAACCAACAACCGGUCUGGAUGCCUCUUCGUGCAGUCAAUGCGUUGCUCUUAUGAAACGACUGGCAGAGGUUGAAAGACGUACGGUGAUCUGUACGAUUCAUCAGCCAAGUGCUCUGCUACUCGAGAUGUUUGAUAGCUUGUACGUGGUAGCCAACGGUUACUGCAUCUAUAGAGGUCCGGUCAGCUCAUUGUUACCGCAUCUGGCCUCCAUCGGUGCCAAUUGUCCGCCUUAUCAUAAUCCAGCUGAUUUUCUCCUCGAGGUGGCAAUCGGCGAAUACGGCAUCUCGCUCGACAAACUGGUAGCGGCGGCGGAAACGCUACAAGUUGACCAGAAGUCGGUCGCUCUUACCACGACGCUGCUCGAAGAAAAUGAUUUCACUAAAGAACCGUCGCCUCCUGCUGGUUUUCUGACACAGUGUUAUCUUCUAUACAAGAGGCAGUUGAUGUGCUUAAAGAGAGACUAUACGUUACUAAUGGCGCGAUUAGUCUGUCACCUGCUGAUCGGCAUGAUCUUCGGAUAUUUGUACAUGGGAAGCGGCUAUCGUGCUAAAGGCGUCUUAUCGAAUUAUGUCUACAUAUACGGAUCGCUCUUACUCCUUGUCUACACCGGAAAAAUGUCAGUCACUCUUGCGUUUCCGUUGGAGAUGCGGAUUCUUAUGAGGGAGCACUUUAAUCGUUGGUACCGAUUAGCUCCAUAUUACAUUAGUUUGUUGCUCGUCGAAAUACCCUUCCAAGCAACGUGUGCAGCGAUAUAUUUAACUGUGAGUUACUUGUUGACCGGUCAGCCCAUAGAGACGAGUCGUAUAAUAUCGUUCAUGGUACUCAACAUAGCUGCUAGUCUGACGGCACAGGCAUGGGGUUUCUUUCUUGGUGCUACCACACCGGUUAAGCUUGCGGUGUUUAUUGGUCCUAUACUUGCCGCGCUGUUUUCUGUCUUCGGUUUCAUGGUUCGCUACACAGACACGCCGUACAUGUUCCGUUGGAUGUUCCACCUAUCGUAUUUCCGUGCGGGUUUCCACAGCGUGCUGUACACCAUGUACGGAUUUAAUAGAAAGGAGCUGAAAUGCGACGACUUGUACUGUCACUUCAAGAAACCGACGAAAUUCCUCCAAGAAAUGGACAUCGUCGAUAUAAACAUGGUGAACAAUCUCAUACUGAUCCUUGGUUUCGGUGUACUGAUGCAUCUUUUAACGGCUAGUGCACUCUGGUGCAAGCUCAACAGAAGAUGAGCCGGACACUUAGUAAUGUCCGUCCAUUGCAGUAUUGUAUUCUUGAUUUCUCCCGAGAGCGAUAGCGCACAUUUCUGGCACGUUCGCAGGACACAUGGAUGUUCAAAGGAAUUCCGUUGGUGAUGUUGAUUUCAGUGGGAACUUACGAGUAGGCGUAUAAGCUGAGAGGCGAAACUACUUAUUUAUAUAUCCAAUUUCGUCUUGUCCAGUAGGCACGAGACGCACCGCGAACAUCUUCCCCUUGCGGGAACGUUCUCAUCGACGCGACGGCCUGGGUUGUCAUUGAAUUUUUCUUGCAAAAUUUCAACUACUUAAUAUGUUGUUAACUGAUUGCAAGCACGCUCGUGUUUUGCUAGUCAAACGUUAGCCGGUUACGAGUUAUUCUAGGGACAAUGCACACUUUACUAAAUUAAUUAUUGUACAUGUAAUUGUAUUCUAUUCGCGCAUUUUAAUAAAUUAAAUUCAAAUCAAAUAAUUCAUUUUUUGUAAAUGCAUACAGUUUAGGAAAAAAUAGAUGCAAUGUUGAAAAUAUUCAGUCAACAAUAUAUUAAAAAAAUAUUCUAUUCAGUGAAACAAAAUACUAGUGACAAGAUAUAAAAUCGAGUUGUUUAUAUGUAAAUAGAUCCGAGCGUCGUUUAAAAAACAGGACAUACUUGACACUGCGCAUCUUUCAAUGCCGGUAUUAUAAUUUAUAUUUUUAUCGUGAUGUAUUUAAAGCUUUAAGAAAACGUGCUAACCAACAUGUAAAAUGCCGUUGCGUUGGCAUUAAAAUUCUUUUAUUUAAUUUGUUUUUGUAUGUAGUUAUUAUAUGUAUGAUCAUAUAAAAUUAGUUGAAUAUAUAUGAAGGUUUUGUUAAAUAAAUAAAACGUACACUAUUUGCACAGAAUAUCUUACUACGGAAUAUAAGUGACAGUUUGUUUUGUGAAGAAAUAUAAAAUAAGUAUAUCAUUAUAAUAGUCGAAAUGUUUCUAAGAGAAAACUUUCUCUUUUUAUAGUGAUUUUGCAUUGUAAAGUUAUUCUUUAUGUAAUAAAAGAAUUUUAUAAGUA